GGGAAUAGUGCAGGAUUGAGAUAUUAGGUGCAAAGUUUUGGGGAGCGCGCAGGGUGUGAUGAGUCCGUGCGUGCAGAAGUACAAAACAAGUACUCCUCAGUUCCAACAUUUGGGGAGUCAAUUCUCAAUUUUUGUGGCGUUGUAGAAAUCCCGAAAUCUUCCCAAAUUGACAGAAAGUUGUGAGAAGUUGGCGGGAGCGGCGGUAUGGACCUGAGCAGUCUUCAGGAGCAGCUGAAAGUCGAAAUCCAAAGUCAUCAGGUGCUGGUGAGCCAGAUGAAGAAAGAUCCACAGAAUGCAGAGUUGCAGAAAAGACUACACGAACUUCAAGCAAGGAUAACAUUAUUGAGUGAAAAACAAAAAAAAGUUGUUCAGCAGCUCAGGAAAGAACUGGUGAAGCAGGAGCCUUCAGGGGAUGUACAGAAACCCAGCCCCACAUCCCCCACACCCACGACGACACCCAAGACCCUGGUGAUGAAGCAGGAACCCGGCACGGCUCCUAAUAUGGUCACGGGGUCCGUCACCGUGUCUGUCAUCCAGCCCAACAGCAAAACCCCCACGGCGGCCUCCAAGGCCAACGGGGACGUGGCACCCGUGGUCGGCCACGAGGUGCAGAGGAUGGUGCCGACCUCCGUCCAGGCCCACCCCAUCGACCUGAAGCAGGUGCGGACGACCCCCAGCCCAAAGGACCCUCCCCACCAGAUCAUACGGAUCAUCCCCACCACCGGCCACGCUGUCACCAUCACCGCGACCGUUCCCGCGGUAACCAGGCCGCCCGUGGCGCUCGGCAGCCCGGGGAUAGCGACAAUCCGCGUGCCACAGUUCAGCUCCGUGCAGAGGAUAGGACAGAACAGGCAGCCUGUCCUGCUGCAACCGUUGAGGCCGAAGCCCCCCACCCCGCAGCAGGCGUCGCCCACCCUCAUCAGGAAAGCCGCAGGCAUCUCUGCAGCCCCAACAGUCAUGACUCAUCACGUACGCAUCAUCAACGGACAGCCACAGUACAUAGCAUCGCAGCAGGUGACCCAGCCCAGGACACAGCCGCCUGUCAUCACCAUGGCAACAGCACAGGUGGCCCCACAGAGCACAACCGUCUCCCUAUCAUCAACCUCAACAAAGACAAACUCCUGGCCGCAGGGCAUCUCCCCCGUCCAGCUGGUGUCUCCCAACUCCAUGGUUGUCGCGGCAACUGCCUCCGAAGCACCUGUGCCAGUCAAGGAACACGGAGAUCACAAGAAGAUGCAGUUUAUGGCUUCCUUAGGGCUCAUCACUCAGAGUACUCUAGAAGAAAUCCAAAACAAGCGUCACGAGAGGAAAAGGAGAAGCACGGCCAACCCACAGUACUGCUACGGUGCCAUCUUUGAACCAGAGAGGAAGCGCAGUGCGCUGAACUACCUGUCCAACACGACUGGCCCCAACACCAGGAGGAGAGUUGGGCGCCCCCCUCGGUUCAUCCACUCGCCCACGUCGAGCGACAGCCGGCCCGGGACCCCCCUGGACGAGGAGGGCAGGGAGAACGGGCAUGCUGGGAAGGGCAAGUCGCGACUCAUCAACACCGACGCCAACGGACAGGAGGACGCCCACGAGGAUUUCUGCACCGUGUGCAAAACAAGCGGGGAGCUCCUCUGUUGUGACACUUGUAACCGGGUCUACCACCUCGGCUGCUUAGAUCCACCGCUAAAGGCCAUUCCCUCCGGCAUGUGGAUGUGUCCACAGUGCAAGACGCCGUGCUCUGACACCAUGCCGUGGCCGGGAACGCUCGCCAUCGUCCACUCCUACAUCGCGUACAAAAACGAAGUGAUGUUUGCUAAGGAGGAGGAAAAACGGAAAUUGACGAAACGCUCCGAUGAUCUGAAGAAGGAACGUUCUCAACUCGAGUCCAAGGCCAAGCAGCUGACCAAUAACAUAAUGACCCAGAUGCAGACGAAGGGGGAGCUCCAGCAGGUCCAUCGAGACGUCCAGACGACGAUCGACAAACUCAAGAACUUUCUCAAACUCUUCAAGACGUAAAGCUGCUGACGUGGAAACAUUCAGGCUUUUUUUAUUCUCCACGCCGCUGCUGUGGCCGGCAGCUCUGGUUUUUCCCACUUGUGUCAUUCUGUCUGCUAGGAUAUUGUGGUUUUCUUUUCCACAACCAGUAUUGUCUCUCACCUUGCUUACGUUUCAGUGUCUAUCAGACACCUUCCUUAGUGCGUUGAUGAAGGUUGACAUCCAGGUAAACAAUACUCAUAGGAAUUCAAACUCUACUGAUACUGGAUAAAUUACGGAGAUAAUAUCCGGACGUUUCGAGUGACAUCCACCACUCUUCUUCAGGGUCACUAUUAGAACUAUUAGAACUCGAUAGUGCUUAGUGCUUCUGACUGGAGUUCUGCUUCUCGCCACCUACAUCAGCUACAUAUAGCGGCG